AUGGCCAAAUUACUUCGUCAAGAUAUCCUUGCCAAGACCCCAAAUCCCCAGGAUGAAAGCCCUCUCUACGCCAAGCUCCCAGGAGAAGUCAGAGACAACAUCUUCUCUUAUGUUCUCACGGAUCAUCCGGACCCAACACCAACCAAAAAGUUCAAGGAAAACACAUGCUACACUCGCCCUUCGUAUCUAGCAGCUCAAUCAACCGAUACCAGACUUCUUCGUACCUGUCGCGCUAUCUACCGCGAAACUUGGUUCAAGCCAUUUGUCCUGCGAGAGCACACAGAAUGGGCUACAAGUGAAGACCGUGCUCCUCCACCUGGCAAGGCUCCUCCACGUCUGCGCCCCAUGGUCGCAGAGAUCUCCAAAUCUUUAGGCACAGACAAUGUCGAGAUUGAGAGACUGAGAAUCUUUGCUCAGAUGUACAGACUCGAAGAAAACGGUCUGCAAGACAUCCUACGGAUGCCCCAUCUGGCUCCCCGCACCAUUACGCUCACCAUUCGUCACACUGAUUGGUGGUAUUGGGAGGAGGAUGAGCCCCUACACUUCGAGGGAAACUGGAUCGAGGGAGUUUCUCAAGUGCUGACUCCCAGUACGACUCAAUUCUGCAUUGAGCUGGAGUCGCUCGAGCGUAAGAAGGAUCAGGUCGACAAGAUCGCCAAGCAGAUGGUCGACGCAUGGUUCUUCAAACGACCCGAUGGCGUUGUUCUCUACGCUGAUACAUCAGAUGCCAACCGCAAAGUAAGUCGCUGGAGUGGAUCAAGCACUUGGCACGGUCAACGCUGGACUCGAGAUGAAACGGAACCCAACAAACUCGACUACUACAUCGUCUCCAUCACGUUCCGUCCUCUGAUCUCUAUUGAGAGAAGUGGUGGCUCCGUAAGCGAACGUGCAAUCAAGGAAGCACAAGACCCUCACGACUUGGGUCGUCCCAAACUCUUGCUUCCAGACAACCAAGAGAGAAUAACGACCGAAUACCCUUACGAUGAAGGUUACAGUGGAUUGCCGCAGCCAGAGUCGGACAACGAUGAGUGGUAUGCGGAAAUGGAGGAGAUCUAUGGCAAUGGCCGAUUCAUGCAAGGACUUUUUGAUGACGCCUCUGCAUACCCGCCCUAUGCGAUCCUCUCUCAUUGCUGGUAUUCAUCGGAACACGAGCUGACCUUCAAAGACUUUGAAGAUCUAAGUCAGCACACUUCAAAACCCGGGUAUUCCAAGAUCAUCAGCGCCUGCCAUGCCACCGUUACUCAGGGCUACGACUGGCUCUGGGCGGACAGUGUCUGCAUCAAUGAAGAAGACGCAGUUGAGAAGGAGGAGACCAUGAAAAAGAUUUACUCAAUGUUUUUAAAAGCAGGAAUUUGUCUGCUGUAUCUCAGCGAAAUACCCAAUGCGAAUAUCAAGGAUGAUGGUAAAGAAGUAUUAUCUUCAGAGGUUCGAAAGAGCCGGUGGGUGAGUCGAGCAUGGACUUACCAAGAGUUAAUUCCACCGCAUAAGUCGGUAUUUUAUGCCGCCGAUUGGUCUCAAUUAGACCCAGAGUUUCAGGCUAAAAUCAACACUAAAAUACCUGGAGUGAGCCAAGACGAUGGAUCAAAAGAAGACAGAACACAUCGCCAUUUUCCGUACCAACCUCCCAGAGUCCGAAGUUCUCGGCGGAAGAGCAAGCCAGUCUAUCAACCGGGGGCUGCCACAGAAGAAGAGAUCCAAGCUGCCGAGAACCCAACCCCAACCCCAACUCCGUCACCUCCCCCGGCUGUAGUCGAACCUCAGCACAAAAGUAAUGCUAGCCAAAGUAAACAACCCUCAACCACCACUGAUGGUUCCGCCCCAAGAACUUCAGGGCCGACAGGGGCUGGGUCACCGAGUUCGUUCACAUCCUUCAGCUCUGCUCAACCCGCCAGUAAGGAGGAGCGGGAAAGUCUUAUCAACUCGCAACUAGAUAUUUACCUCAACACCCCUUACGAAUCGGCACUGAUGAGCUCAUUCAUACACAGAACGGGGUGGUCCGGUGACUCUGGUGACGACGAUGUAACGAGGGACUUCAACGACCUGCCAGCAAACAGUGGCUACGUGGUCAACUUAAAGGGAUCCGGUUAUGACAUUGUUUUCGCUCGUGGGAAGGGAACUCCUUUGCUCUACAUGCCGCCAAAUUACAGCCACCGAGGGGCCGCCCAAAUGUUAAAAAAAAGCCUUACUGUGCCGCUCUUACCCUCUUCUGUUCCAACGGUAACAUUCGAGGAAUAUGGGGAAUACCAGGUCAUCUGCGAGUCGCAGAAGCAGAUGUGCCUUGCGGGUCUUACAUCAGCAGUACUUAGAGAUGAGAAGGCCUACGGGAAUGACUUCACGUUGAAGUUUGGGGUCGCGUUUUCCGAUGGCUCUGUCUGUUCGCCACAAGUGUCGUUCUCGGAUCUCGCUUCUCAUAACUCUCCCUUGGAGCCUGUAGCGCAAGGUGAGCCAUUGGAUCAUCCGACUAUGGACCUUGCAACUUCGGGUCUCUUUGGUGAUCAGCAGGCCAUGGACCACCUCGCUAAUGGACAUCAUGUCCUCCUCCGUCCGAUGAAGGAUGCAGGGCCAGCGGACAGCUACCCUCAUAACCCUGGUUCUAUCAAUACCCAAAGCCCUAACGAGUAUGGUAGUGUACAAAGCGAGGCCAUCACCAAUAGCCCAUGUUCGUCAACUUUUGACCUCACAGUCCAGAGUAAAGGGACACAUCCGUCGACCGUCCCUACUUCUCUGGCGCAUAAGUCCCAAAAUCUAAAGCCUCUCUUGAGCUCUCUGCAGGCAACAGUAGGCCAAGCCGACGAAGAGAAGAAUGAAUCACCAACUCAACACGAAGAAGAACAGAAUCAGUGGUCUCCUCGCAAGUCCGAAAAGAGUCACGCUGAAUUCGAUAGAGCUACAACUUAUUCUUUUGAUACGCUCUCUGAUGACCCCAAAUUGCAAUACUUCCAGGCCUUUAUAGAUCAACUCGCUGAAGAUGUGAGGGCCGAUAUUCAAGGCACAACUAUGAAAGACGUCGGACCAGGUUUCCUUGAAGACAUCCUAAGAGAGUUUGCUUGGAAGCUACACGGAGAGGCAACCAACCCUUUUCAGCUCGAAACGUCUGUCAUCAUCCACCGUAAGAGGAGAUAUAUUGUCGACCUUCUGGACUUCCAGGUUCCGUCAUUUGAAACAGUUGAGAGCGAGUCGGUUCAUAGUUUCAUGGGCUCGGAGGAGGCAGACUAUGAAAACGGAACUCCCACUGAACCCUUUAGAAAAGCAGAAGAAACGAUUGUUGACUGGAUAGGCGGCGUUAGCUCUGGAGCAACAAGCCACCUUUCACAAAUGCCAAAGUAUAGACAAUUCAUCCAAGGUUCUAACGCUUACCGAUGGCUUCUGGCCAAGAUUAGCCAACAUCGUCAGCUUGCAUGCGAGAAACCUAGCAGUAUGGACAAGAUUGGAGCAAGCAUCAGAGAGGAUCUCAGAUCUCAUAUCUCUCAACGCAAGAUUAGUAGGAGUCAAGCGCCUAUCUGGUUCGAGAUGAUAUACAUUCUGGGAUGGGAUCCAAUGCGUUUGAUGCGGCGUGCUGGGAUUUCCUCAGACUUUGCUAAAGCUUUGCCCAACAUUAUUUGCUUGACCGGUAGCUGGAACGAAGCUCAGGCUACAACUGUUGCCGAGUACAUGGAGCAAACAUGGCCACAAUCUGGUGGUGCUAUCAUUACUCUACUUCAAGAAAUACUUUCGGUCUGGGAAAAGAGUAAUGCUGGACAUUCCGAGAUUUCGGUUGAUUGCAAACACUCUUUUGAUCUCAUUGCACUCAAAGGUGUUAUAAAGCCUGACUCGGAUGGCAAUAUCUGUUAUCAAGUAUCUGCAAAAGGUGGCUACUACAUCGUGUCCGAAAUAGGCGAACAAAUAUCUUGGCUGGCCUCUGCCCUUCGAUCGGUUACAGGGACAGGCAGCGACUUUGUUUCAACUACACCAAGCAUCGAGACUUUGUUCACAAGCGUAGUCAGAAGUAGAAGUAGUGAGAGGAUCAAGGGUAUUACAGGGACCUGCUGCAUCAAGUUUAGCCAGCGAAUCGAAGCCCCCGACGAUCUAGAUUCAGGUUCAUGCUGGAAACGGCUGUUCAGCCGUCCUAACUUUGUACGCGGCUACCCGAUUCAGCGACGCUCAAUGCCUCGAACUGGCCUGGAGAUGCCCUUACGAUAUGCAGCCUCUAUUGUGGGAUCUUAUGAGGUGGUUCGAUGGGACGGGAGACUGUUGAUCAAAGGAUUCAACAUGCUAAUGAUUGCUACACAUGUGGCUACUGAUGUGAUGGUGUGGCAUCUUUAUGUCACUGAUAAACCUGGGGUGAGAAUCUCAUAUGUUGACCCAAGGCUUGAUGAGAUCGAGUUGAAGUAUCCUGAGGAGAUAUCUCUGCGGUACAUUGAGAGGAAACGUCAUAUCAUAGGAUGGUGCACUAAAGCUACAGACCUUUGUGGAAAUCCUACAGCCAACCAUGCGAUAAAACCCGCUGGUUUACCUAGGGCACCAGCGUCCACCGUGAUCGAUAAAUUAUAUAUCGAAGGCGGCAGCCCCGUUACGGCUGGUCUCAUGUUAGAUAUAAACAAAAAAGAGCAGCCAUUCUGGCUACAACGAGAGAAAGACUACCCAAGUCUCCUUAAUUGGGUCAAACUUCAACCUGUUGUAUUCUAUGAUGUGGAGGACCGACGUGCAUGGCUCGUCGAUGGUGCUUCUGCCGUGCUCCAUCUUGUCCGCGUGUCGCUUCACCGAGAUACAAACGACCCUGAAUCAGCCUACGACUGGGUCUACGAUCCCAGCAAGCUUAAGGAUUACUGGCCUGGGGUUGGAAGUCGCCAAGCAGCACUCCAGACUUUGAAGCGAUGGGAGAAUCGUGCUCUGAGUGUUUACGUCGUUGGUAACCAUGUCGAUCCGAAUGGCGCCCUGAUUCCAAAGUAUUCUACAUUCGAGGAGCGGGUGGAAAACAUUCUUCACUCUAUAGAAAGGCUUGUCGAUAGGCAGGCCAAGACAGCCUCCCAAGAUGGCAUCAGGAUUUCUCAAACGCUGGAUCCACGUCGAGAAAUCGUUGGUUUCGACAUCGUCGACAUCAUCGAUCCGUCGGUCCCGAUAUAUCCGCGGAUUCAACAUCUCAACGCGUGGGGUCAUGGUUGGAAUGACUUGAUACCAACAAUCGGCAUAACUACUAUCUUUGGGCGCAAUUUUGGGGAUCUAAUACGAUCUGAUAAGCCUGAUGAAAUUUGUCCAAAUUGGAGAUCGAUUCCAACAGGAAGGGACUACUUGGCUGCGUCUGUUUCGACGAUGCAGAUGCUCCAUGAGAAGCGGCUCCUUAGAAUGGAGCCGGGUCUUGUCGGAGGUGAACUCACCAAGAAGAUUACAUGGGUAGCCUCCAAAGAGGCAUCCGUGCAGUGCAAUUGCCUCAAGAGACACAGCAUGAGAGGUGCCCAAGUUGCUAGGAGCGAGUGCAAUCAUAACCCUGUCCAAUUCCUUGCCAGGAAAUGGUGGUCCCGUACAACACCACACGGCCUAAAGCCUGUGCACUUGGGAUCGCUUGAUCCUGGAGGGGCCGUGAUAUUUGGCCACACUGUUCUGGGACUAAGGGCUGGAGACAGAUCAACGUCGAGACAGGCAGAUGAUGACGGUGCUGCAUCGACGACCAGCGGCGAGCAGACCCAAGAUGCUUCAGCAACUGGCUCAAUCGUGAGUCAGACGACAUCCAUUACUGUCCCUAGUGUUGGAAAUUCCAGCCAGGACGUGAGAAGUGCUCAGCAGAGCUUGGAUAGUACAAGUAACGCGACAGGUGAGGGUAAGAGGAAGAGAUGGUCAAAGUUCAAGGAUUGGGUCAAAAGAUAA